AUGCAGCAGCAUGCCAGCCUCUUCAAUCACGAAGCGCAGGUCGUGUUGCACUCCCCAUCUCAGAAGCUCGAUGAGCUUGGUCGGCCAAUCCCUUACCGCAGCUUUGCCUCGUACCCAAGCUGGGAAAUUGCUGAGCCCCAUCUUCAAGGGCAUAAGCACGUCUUUGAGAUCGUCCGUCACGGCUUCCCGUGCAAGCCGUACUUGGACAUAGAUGGCAAGGACGGGCAUCCCUUCAGGACCGGAGCCGACGGAGUCAGGGAGCAGAUGAGCACCGAGGCAGUGAUUCGCGCCUUGGAAGAGUGGAUCUCUUCGCGCUUUGAGUCCGAUUAUGGGCUGACCUUGCCGAGCAAGAGCUUCGUCUGGCUGACAAGUGGGAACCAGACAAAGUUCAGCCUGCACCUGGUCAUAAGCACACCUUCCCCCCAGUUCGUUUUUGCUUCAAAUCUCGAGGACGGGGCGAAGCAUCUGGCGGAGCGCCUGAAGGAGAAGAUCAAGCCGUGGUCGCCGGAUCUGGCGGCGAUGAUCGACCUGAGCGUCUACUCCAAGGACCGGGAUUGGCGCGCCCCUGGGUGCUCAAAGGUUGAGAAACCUGAGAGCACCUUGCAGUUCAUCAACCUGGCGCAUACCUGGCGGGACGGACUGGUGACGUGGCUCGAGCCUCCGAGGGCGCGGCAGGUCAUCAAAUUGCCGUGCGUCGUACCCGCUGGCUUGCCUCGUGCACUCCGGGCGCCGCAAGGGCCGCGCGCGCUGACAGAACUUGGAGCGCAGGGCGAGCGCUACACCGACUUCGUUCGGGAGCGCAUGCUGGUCCUUCUUCGUGAGAAGCUGCACCCCACCGCAUACCGCGAGGGGCCUGACCGGUACAACUACACCGACCGGUUGGAGCCCUGCUACACCGGGCGUCUCCAUGACAACAACCAAAACCUCACGCUGCACCUGGGACCAGACGGCAACCGGAUCUUUGCGCUCUGCUUCAGCGUGAACCCGGAGGGGGGGCACACGAGCGACACCUGUCGCUCGAAGGCCUUCUUUCUGGGCAACCUGUACGAGGAGGAGGAGACCUUCCGAGCCGGGGCAGUCGUCAUCGACGUGCCGUUUCUGCAGAGAAACAAGGACGCAAGCUCGCCUGAGAAGCUGGCGGCGGUGGAAGCGGGGCGCUCUGCCCCAACUGACGAGCUAAAGCUGAACGCCGUCAUUGACCAGUGGCUUGGGUCUCCGCCCUCAUUGGGAGGAGACUGGGUCCCGGAAUUCCCCUUGCUCUCCAUCCGCUCCACUGUCGGCACCAACAAAACCGGCCUCACCAGCCAUCUCAUCUACCACGAGCUGAAUGGUGCUCACCCUGGGCGUCCUCCGACAAUCCUUUUCAUCUCGUACCGCGUAGCCCAGGCAAAGGAUUUGAAGGAGCGCUUUCCUGGUUUCCGCAACUACCUCGAUCUUAAAGCGGACUUUCAACACCAGCGUUGGGACAGCCCUGACAGGCAGUGGAGUCUUACGGCUCUGCAGAACCGGCAGCUCUUUCCUCACAUCGUCGUUCAGGUCGACAGUCUGCUCCAGCUUCGGCCGCACGGUUUCGGCCCGGUGCCUCCCUUUGACCUCGUGGUCGUAGACGAGAUUGCGAGCAUCUUGGCCCAUCUCUCCUCCAGCACUCUCCGCCGCGGGCAAGAAACCAGCGAAUUUCUCCUUGAGCUGAUCCCGAACGCCCGCAGGGUUCUCGCUCUGGAUGACGGCUAUGCGCAACGAGAGCACGACUUCUUUGAGAUGGCAGGCCUCCGCAGAAAGUUGGUCAUCAAUGAUAGAGGGGCGGCCGUGCCCCGGACCUACCGGGUGUGCAGUGAUGCGAACGCCUGGCAGGCUCAGCUGCUCGAGGAUCUCCGGCAAGGGCGAAACGUGGCGGUGGCAAGCAUGUCGUCCAAUGCGAUUAACAGCAUCCGGGAGCGCGUUCUCGAGUUGGGGCUCCUUGAGGAGCGCGACAUCUUGGUGCAUACGGCCCUCAGUUCUGGCGACGACAUGCGAAAGCUGGAGAACGUGGGCAUGCACUGGAAAGUGCGGCUCCUCAUGUACAGCCCCAGCAUCGAGGCCGGGGUCAAUUUUGACCACGACUGGUUCCACGCAAUGUACCUGUACAUGUGCCUCAAGAGCACGACGGCCCGGGCACUGUGGCAGGCCUCUCUGCGCGUGCGACGCGUCGAGCGGCCCCUGAUCCUGUGCUACGCUCAGGGGGGCAUCUCCCUGCUGGUGGAGGACGCUGUCUACGUCCCUUUCGAGAGCCUGGGUCUUCCCUUUGAGCAGGCCGCGGCCUCUAGAGGUGGGCUGUCCUCGGAGCGCACGGUAGCAGAGCCCCCGGAAGCUGUCAGACGACCAGAAGAGGCUUGCCCAUCCGCACAGCCUGGAGACAAUGAGAACCAGGAGCGGACGGGAACUGAGGCUUUGGUAGAAUCGGAUCCUUUGAAAGAGGCUGGUCCCUCCGCGCAGCCUGGAGAUGGUCGAAUCAAGAUGCGCAUGGCAGCAGAGGCUUCGGAUGCGGCACCAGGCGCCUUGGGAGAGUUCGCGCAGCCCGAGGUUGGUGAGCUUGAAGAGGGGACGGAGCUCGAGGAUCCGGAAGCGGCACCAGGUGCUUCGAGAGAGGCUGGGACCAUCGGGGUUGGCCCUGCAACGGAGCUCCAGGAGUCGCGACCCGCUCCCACACGAAAGGGCAUGUUCCGGCCACCCCGACCUGUGUACCUUCGGGAGACGCUGGCGUACCUUUCCUUCUGCGACACCAAGCGGACGGAGCUCAUGCGGACUGUCAAGGUCCGGGCGCAAGACGUGGGACCUGUCCACAUCAGGGACCACGACUUUCUACGCACGCUUGCGCACACUGAGGUUGAAAGGCGCAACUCGAACACCCGGUUCGUGCACGAGUUCCGAGCGCAGAUCGCAAAGGCUGGUCACACGCUCGAGAUCGUCCUCCCAAAAGAGGAGGGUGCCUCGACGCGGCUCCUCCCCUCCACUUUCGACCUUCAGAGGCUGUUUUCUGCCAGGGCUCUCCGGGCUGACGAGUACAGCGAGCUUAGGGAAAAGCGGAACUUUGGCCGGGACGAGGGAGAUGAGAAGCUGGCGGUCGCGCGAUACGAGUGCCUUAAAUUCUACGGCCUCAAGCAGGUCUCGAGCUGGACGGACUUCAGUGACUUCUUUGUGACGCUGGCUUGCAAGCGUGUCAAGCAACCCUUCUACGGCGAGCUGACCUUUCUCCUCAAGGUUCUGGUGGACCAGAAUUUUGAGGAGGGGGGGCAUGGGAAGGUCAUGCACGACCGGCUGAUGGCGAAGGUCGCACGGGAGGUCAUCAAAGCGAUGGGGUUGGAGCACCCCUUUGACACGAACCCCACACGUUCGUUGAAAAAGGAUGGGCUUCGGGACGCUCUCCUCCAGACGGCCUUUUUCAAGCGGGAAGCGGACUCGAUUGCGGGCAAGUGGGCGUCCGAGCUGUUUGGCGGGAUCAAAUUCCCUCCGCGGAACGAGGAGUGGACGGGGGAGAGGUUGCAAGACGCGCUGAACAAGCUGUGGGGUCGCAUGGGCCUUCAAGUGAGGCUGCGGGAGGUCAAGGGGAGCCGGGGGCGCUACAAGAAGGGGGUGUCACGAGCGGGUAAGAAGGACCACACCCUCGUUUUGGACGCUGACGGGGUGGACCGCAUGGGCAAGCUCGCCAAGCUGCAGUUCCGGGAAGUGCACAUCUGGUGGAAGCAUCGGCUUGAGCUCGAGCCCAGGGUUCGCGAGUUUCUAGAUUCGGUUGAUGUGUCCAGCUUCGAUCCUCUCCUGGCCCGACCGUCGGGCCACCCCCUUUUGGCAGAGGUGACCGACCCGGAGCCCGACCCAGUCGUGAAGUGUGAGCUUAGCAUUCCGGCGCCCCGGCGUAGCAACGAGUCUUAGCAGGCCUUUAAGGUAUUUAUCCUGAGGCUACACAGGCUGCUCACAUCAUCAUCAGUUAUUGCCCUAAGGCACACACGAGGUGUUGAAUUGUAAUCCGAGUGCUCAUUAGGAUGCAACAACUAGCGGAUGCUUCUGUAAUUCGAAAUCACGCACCACCCCCCCUUUGCACAUGUACCCGGCAGCUUUCGAUUCUUUCUAGAGAUCCUCAUGCCUGCUAGUGGGUACGCGCUAUCAAUCGCAAGGAAAU